AGUAUAAAAACUGCUGGCAGGGGACUGGGGGGCAGUAGUUUGUGAUAGUUAGUGUCGUAGGGCACUGUUUCUCUGAUUUUCGCAAAAUGAAAUUUUUAGUCAUAUUUUCGGCAGUAGUAGGAUUAAGCUUAGGCCAAAACUACCAAGGUGAUCCGAAAAAUGCUGCUAUCUUAGCUGAACAGAGAUACCUUGGUGGCGAUGGGCGAUUUGGAGCAGCUUACACCCAAGAGGACGGAGUGAAUUUCAAAGAAGAAAGUGACCCCGAUGGUACUCGCAGAGGUUCCUAUUCAUAUCUGGACCCCAAUGGCCAAAGACACACCAUCAGCUACACAGCCGGAAAGCAUGGAUUUGCUGCAACUGGAGACGGUAUCCCUCAAGCGCUCCCCACAACUUUGCCUGUGGCUCCUCAGCCUCAAUACCAGCCUCUUCCCCAGUACAAUUCUCCUGAGUACCGCCCACCUCAACAGCAACAACCUCAAUACAGGCCCCAGCCCCAGUACCAACCACAACCUCAACCCCAACCCCAACCUCAGCCUCAGUACCAACCCCAACCCCAAUAUCAGCCACAGCCUCAACCUCAGCCUCAAUACCAGCCUCAACCACAGCCUCAAUACAGGCCACAGCCCAACUAUGACACUUACUCCACUACUCCAGCCCCUCACAGAUUCUACCCACCAGGCAAACUGUCUCUGAACAGAUCCCCUGAUGGUUUCAGCUAUAGCUUUAACAAGGCCUAAACGUUGCGUUUGUGCUGCCUUUAAAAAAUGUCCACUUUUGUUUCCUGUACGUUUGUAUUAUAGAGUUUUUUGUAUUUUGUAUAUUGCGAUAAAUUACCGAGAUUUAUUUAUUGUUGUAUAUGCAAUAUGGAGAUAUUGAGAGACUGAACCAAGGUGAUGUGGUUAUGAUGUGAAUUGUGAGUUUGGUAAAAUAAAUGUAUGUAUUGUAAAUUUA